ACAAGCCGGUUCGUUGAAAUAUAUAAUUGAAUUUGGAAUUCACAUGUGCGUACAGACAUUUCAUUCCACGAGAUCCAUUUUGCUUUUUGAUUUAAAAACAUAUUAUAUUUUCAUAUAAUUUUUAUAUGAAGAUAAAAAGAUCAACUCUUUCAGGCACCAUUUACAGUUGUUUUUAUAUUAUGCGGUACACAAAGCGAUACUUGUACAUACUCCUGUUGCAAGUGGUGGAGAUGUGCGGACAAACAACAAAAGCAUCAAAAGCACCAAAAACAUCGAAAGCACCGAAAACACCGAAAAUAACGACAACAACGACAACAAGAGACCCUCUGAAGCAUACGAUCAGCUACGAUCCCAACCAGGGGUAUGAGCCGUACUGGGCGGACGGCGAGUGGCACAUUCGGGACCCGCAGGAUUGGGCCACGACAGGCCUAUCCCCGGUCACCACCACGAAGCCACCCUUGGUCUGCGGCGACGAGUGCCCCUACUUAUUUACCAGAAUAAUGCAUGUCUGUGCUAAGAAGCAGGAUGAAUACGUAAUAGAUUAUACUGGGAAUGAUAACGACGAGUUCCAUAAAUGUUACUCCAGUUACUGCGGGUCAAAAGAGAAUAUGCUGAUACCGAAUAUGAAGAAAUAUAGAACUUUUGAAACUUAUUGCAAGUUCCUGGACUUCCAGUGUAGAGAGGACGCGACGUCUCAAUAUAGUUUGAUGUACAUCGGCAAGUGUGAAAAGGACUUUACGAAGAUAUUUAAACCUAUGGCUCACUUCACGUUAGUCCAAAGUCGGUUGGAUCACUACCUGCAGCAUCUGGGCCAAACGGCGCCGCUUCGGUACUCCACGCAUCAGACUUUCCCCACGACAGUAUCCAGAGUCAAUGGUUAAUUCGACACAAAAUAAAAGUGGCUGUGACAUACGGACAGACCGACAGACAUGACGAAACUAUAAGGGCUCGGCACCAUUGCUACAUUGCGUCGACGUAGCGCGUUGCCGUUUCGUUGUUUUCCAUAGGUUUUGGCAUUGACGUUCGUCAAAAGGUCGAAACUCCGUGCAAUUCUGCGUUGUUUGUCGACGGACGUCAAAACAACGGAGGACGACAGAGCAAUGGGGCCGUAGCCUAACGGUCUCGUUUUUGUCAUUCGGCUACGGACACGGAACAUUUCCUUUGACCAUAAUUAUAAAGCCGAGCGCGUGACUGUAAGGAUCAUGCAACUGAUUUAUUGGUAAAGAUAUCCAGAAUAGAAUAACAUAACAUUCUUGUCAUGAAUGACUUUAUUUAAAUCUAGCGUUGUAAUAAUUGUUUUAUUGUUUAAAUUAGUGUUGUGUCAUUGUGUAAUAAUCUAACGGCAGGUACAUCUAUACGUAACAUGUGUUACCUAUCAUUAGUAGUUUUUUAAAAUAUGUUUGACUGGACAACUUUUUUUGUGGGAGUGACCCAGAAAUCGAGAAAAAACAGCUGUUCUAAACUAAAUUAAAUACCUCAAAUGUAUGGAUGAACCGAUUUUUUCGGUAUUUCGGGGUUACUCUCAUACUAGAAGUUGUUCAGUAUCAUGGACUGAAUAUGUAGACCAAAAGCCAAAAAUGAUCAAAAAGUCACCCGGUAUGAGAAGUACUUUGUGGAAGGCAUAUUACGUCUUGGCGGGGGCACUCCCGUGCCCCCAGAUAAAGCCCAAGCACGGUGCAGUGCAGUAUCCUCAUAAAAAAUAUU